AUGAGUUUAGCAAGCUAUGGUGUAACUCCGCCAAUCUCGAUAGCAAACCCGACACCUAAGGAGAAUGAAUUGAACGAUUCUUUGAUCAAAGAGUUGAAACAAAGAGGCUCAUUCGAGAGUGAGGCCGCCACCAGAAAGAGAGUAGAGGUUUUGACCUUGUUUCAAAAGCUAACCGAAGAAUUCGUUUACAGAGUUUCGAUUAAAAAGAAUAUGUCUGAAGGGAUGGCCAGAGAUGCAGGAGGUAAAAUUUUCACCUUUGGUUCAUAUAGAUUGGGGGUUUAUGGUCCAGGGUCAGAUAUUGAUACAUUGGUAGUUGUACCAAAGCAUGUAUCAAGGAGUGAUUUUUUUGAGAUAUUUACCGAAUUAUUGAAAGCAAGACCUGAGCUAGAAGAAAUUGCUUCGGUCCCUGAUUCGUUUGUUCCUAUUAUUAAAUUAGAAUUUGGUGGGAUAUCUAUUGAUCUAAUUUUUGCUAGAUUGGAUAUACCUAGAAUUCCUAAGGAUCUUUCAUUGGACGAUAAGAAUUUAUUGAAAAAUAUAGAUGAGAAAGAUCUCAGAUCAUUAAACGGUACCAGAGUAACUGAUGAAAUAUUAACACUAGUCCCUAAGCCAACAGUAUUCAAGCAUGCGUUGAGAUGUAUUAAAAUGUGGGCCCAACAGCGUGCAAUCUAUGCUAAUGUAUAUGGCUUUCCUGGAGGAGUAGCGUGGGCGAUGCUUGUCGCUCGUAUAUGUCAAUUAUACCCGAAUGCUGUCAGUGCUGUAAUUGUUGAAAAAUUCUUUCAUAUUUAUUCUCAAUGGAGUUGGCCACAGCCAGUGUUAUUAAAACAGAUCGAAGAUGGGCCAUUACAAGUGAGAGUCUGGAAUCCAAGAUUGUAUUCCCUUGACAGACUGCAUCGAAUGCCGGUUAUUACACCUGCAUAUCCAUCUAUGUGUGCAACCCAUAAUAUCACUGCAUCCACUCAGAAGGUUAUUUUAGCUGAAUUCAAACGAGGUAUAGAAGUAAUGAAUGGAAUUGUGCUGGGUGAGAAGACUUGGUCAGAUUUAUUAGAGAGACAUGACUUUUUCUAUAAAUAUAAAUUUUACUUGUGUGUUGUCGCUGGUACUGAAUCUUCGAGUGAAGAGCACUUAAAAUACAGCGGUAUGGUAGAGAGUAAACUAAGGUUGUUGGUACAGAAACUAGAGGUCGUAGAUGGUGUUGAUUUGGCCCAUCCAUAUAUCAAAGCUUUCGACAAUGUUUACUUUUGCCCCGAUGAAAGUAAGGCUAAAGAAGUUUUAGAUGCUUAUGGAACGAGCGCUAUAGACAAGAUUGCAAAAGAUAUUCCAGUAGAAAAGGGUGAAUUAGAAAAACCUCAUGAAAUCCGCUUAACAAAAUUGUACAUUGGUCUUAAAUUGGAUUUGCUGAAGAGUGGGGAGCGGAAAUUAGAUAUUCAAUUUCCCUGUUCUGAGUUCUUUAAUAUUUGUAAGGGGUGGCAAGAUUUCGAUGCCAAAAUUCAUAGUAUCCAAAUCAAGAAUGUCAAGCUUUAUGAUUUGCCAGAUGAUGUGUAUUUAGAAGGAGAAAAGAGGCCCACAAAAGCACCAAAAAGAAAGAGAUCGGAAUCGAAGACCGAAAAUAAGAAGAGGCCAAAAAGUGUAGGUGCAAUACCUACUGCUGUUAGUAGCUGA